AUGGCACCAGCCGACGUUGACUACCUUCUUAGCCUUGGAUCUGUGCGUGAACGAUGCUUUCGAGUUCAAGAAGCAGCAGCUCGUAACAAGCUUGAACACUUUGAUAUUGAUCCAUCCAAACUUGAUGACAUGGUCCAAAUUGUGCUUUCACUUAUCAAGCGGGAUUUUGCUGAUACAAGUGAAAUCCCUGUACACGGUCGUUGGCGACACUUUGACGUGGGAGGUCGACCUAGGAUACGUAACCUCAUCAACUCUUGGGCCAGCCUUGGUGAAGAUGCCAAUGAACAAACUCGUCGUUUGAUUGAUUUGUUUGUGAUUGCCGUCUUACUCGACUUGGAUAUGGAUAACAAUUGGUCCUACCGAGAGCAAUUGACAGGUCGUGUGCACAAGCGUAAUGAAGGCGUCGCUGUUGCUUGUCUUGAAAUGUUUACGGGUGGCGUAUUUUCCAGUGAUCCCAGCAAACCUCAUCGAGUUGACUCUGAGGCAUUGUUGUCAUUGUCAUUGGAGACGUUGAUUACAGGAUUGCAAGCAAGCGAUCAAUCACCUAUAUCCGGAUUGCAAGAUAGAGUGGACCUCUUGCAUCACCUUGGCAACUUCAUACAAACCCGUCAAGAUUACUUUGGUGGCACAGUGCCACGACCUGGCAACCUGAUGGAUUAUUUAUUGACACAUCCAACCACCAUCAACACGAAAAAGGGCCCAUUGAUGCAUCUUGAGACACUCUGGCCGAUCGUAUUGGAGAUGGGUGAAUUAUGGGCAGCAUCAUUAGAUCGCUCAGGCAAGGGCGGGACCCCUGACUUGGGUGAUGUAUGGCCUUGUGAAGCUAUUCGUGGUAGCAACAACAACAACAACAACAACACCUCAUCAGACCAUUACGUUUCUUUCCAUCGUCUUUCGCAGUGGCUGGUCUACUCAUUGUUGGAGCCUAUGGAAAAGCUGCUAGGUGCUACUAUUGAAGGUACCGAGCAGCUGACGGUGUUGCCGGAAUAUCGCAAUGGUGGUCUUUUGAUGGAUACUGGUUUUAUUACUUUGAAGAAGCCUGAUCUCGAACGUGGCCUUGAGAAUUUUCAACAAAAUGCAGCAUUAGCAGGCCAACCCAAGAUGGAAGUCGUGCCUAUGUUUGAAAUGAGCGAUCCUGUCGUUGUUGAAUGGCGUGCUCUUACCGUGGCAUACCUUGAUAUUGUGGCCGAGCGUGUACGUGAAGCCCUCAAAGUCAGCAGGAAGGCACUUAGCCUCUCGCAAUUGAUUGAGGGUGGUACUUGGAGUGCUGGAAGAGAGCUCGCUGAAAUCUCUCGUCCCAACACGCAAGCACCUCCCAUUAUGGUCAAGGCCGACAAGUACAUCAUCUAUUAG